UCUCUCUCGUGCUGUCGGUCUGUCCUGUCCUGUCGUUCUGGUCUCGUGGAUGUGUAGACGUUAGGACCGCGCAGACUCGAGUCAGAAGUGCGACCAGGCAGCUGGAUGCCUUUUGAAGUCUCGCUACUCGGCGCUCUACAACCGAAGUGAACGGAUAUCUUCCUUUUUUCUCUUGGGCUGUAACGGAUUUGGUCGGCUCCAGGCGGAGCGUUUGUUCCUUCUUCGGGGAUAAAAGUGUUUCGUGGUUUCGGGUUUGGGAAGCUGCCCAAAACCCUGACCUGACCAUGGCGCACUGCUAGUUAGUUUUUGGGGCUUUCCUUGUCGGACGAAAAAAAAAGUCUGCGACCCACUUUCCUCUCUCGGCAGAGGCGAACUCAUAGUUUUCAUUCUGCGAUUUUUUUUGAAAGGGGGGGUCUGCAUUUGUAUUCUUUGUUUUAAAAAAUAUAGCAUUGUCCCUUUCUCCAUCCGGAAAAGGACUGUACCCCGGCUUGGAUUAAACCCACUUUACCGUCCGAACACAAUGAAUUCGGACAUAAACAUGUACCUCGGUCGGGAGAAAACAAGUCUGAUGCGCAAAAGAGCGCUGCUGCUGAGGAAAGGCUGCAGUUUCGAAAUAACAAGCUCUGCGUCAGAAGACCUGGGCUGCAGAAGAGGGGAGUUCAGUCGGAAGCACUACGGAUCAGUAGAACUGCUGAUCUCCAGUGAUGCUGAUGGUGCCAUCCAAAGAGCAGGUCGAUUCCGGGUGGAGAAUGGAUCUUCUGAUGAGGCUACGGACUACACCCCAGGAACCUGGAGGAGAACCGACGUCCAUCUGGAGAACCCAGAGUACCACACCAGAUGGUUCUUCAAGUACUUCCUGGGAAAAGUUCAUCAGAACUAUGUGGGGAUGGAUGCGGAGAAGAACCCCUUCUUCCUGUCCGUGGUUCUGUCCGACCAGAACAACCAGAGGGUUCCUCAGUACCGCGCCAUUCUCUGGCGGAAGACGGGUACACUGAAGAUAAGCUUACCAUACAGCCCCACCAAAACACUAUCGGUCAAAUCCAUCUUAAGUGCCAUGAACCUGGAUCGCUUUGAGAAGGGGCCCAGAGAGAUCCUCAACCCAGACAUCCAGAAGGACCUACUAGUGCUGGAGGAACAGGAGGGCUCUGUGAAUUUCAAAUUCGGUGUUCUGUUUGCCAAAGACGGACAGCUGACAGAUGACGAGAUGUUCAGCAAUGAGACGGGUAGCGAGGGCUUUGAGAAGUUCUCCAAUCUCCUGGGAGACACCGUCUGUCUGCAGGGCUGGGCAGGCUACAGAGGAGGCCUGGACACCAAGAAUGACACUACUGGCAUGAGUUCUGUGUACACGGUGUACCAAGGCCACGAGCUCAUGUUCCACGUCUCCACCAUGCUGCCCUACUCCAAGGACAACAAACAACAGGUGGAGAGGAAGAGACACAUCGGGAAUGACAUCGUCACCAUAGUGUUCCAGGAGGGGGACGACGCCUCUCCGUCCUUCAAGCCCUCCAUGAUCAGAUCCCAUUUCACACAUAUAUUUGCCUUAGUCCGAUAUAAUAGCCAGAAUGACAGCUACAGGUUGAAGAUUUUCUCUGAGGAGAGCGUCCCGCUUUUUGGACCCCCUCUGCCCUCCCCCCCAGUGUUUACAGACCACCAGGAAUUCAGGGACUUUUUGUUAGUGAAAUUAAUAAACGGAGAGAAGGCGACUCUGGAGACGCCCACCUUUGCCCAGAAGCGGCAGCGUACUCUGGACAUGCUCAUACGCUCCCUCUACCAGGACCUCAUGCCGGACCUGCACAAGAACAUGCUGAACCGCCGCUCCUUCAGCGACGUGCUGCCGGAGUCGCCCAAGUCGGCCCGCAAGAAGGAGGAGGCACGCCAGGCCGAGUUCGUACGAGUGGGCCAGGCACUGAAGCUGAAGACCAUCGUGAGAGGGGACGCACCCACUAGCCUUGUUACCACAGGACUCUGCAGGAAAGAGCCAUGGGAGUCCCAGUCCUACUGCAGUAGCUUCCCCUAUGAGAUCGUGUGUGGAGACUCGUGGGGUCAGUCACUAAUGAUCGCCACUGACAACGCUGGGGUAAUGUUACUGGAAGCUCCAGAUCCGUUGUUCAACAAUAGCGAUUCACCAGUGCUGCCGCCGGUGCAGGUGUUUGAUAAGAGCAUGGCCGUCAAGCAGUUACACGUGCUGGAGCCCCAAGACCUGCUCAUCAUACGCGCAGACAAAGGCAAGGAUGCUCGCCUGUACGUGUUCAGACUGAGCGUGCUCCGACGGGGGCUGGAGGACCGGCAUCUGGUCAGGGGGAAGUGCGACAGUCGAGAGAACAAGCUGGAGAAAACCAAAGGCUGCCACCUGUACUCCAUCAACACGCAUCACGGCGGGGAGCUGCGCAUCAUCGCGGCCAUCCGCAACAAGCUGCUGCUGAUCACCAGGAAGCACUCGAGGCUGGGUCUGGACCCCCUCACCCUCUCCGCCUUCGCCCCCGCCGGGGCCCCCACCGGGCCCCCCCACGCGCCCGCAGACUCCCCCGUGGAGGAGUUCCAAUACAUCAGGGAGAUCUGCCUGUGUGACUCGCCGGUUGUCAUGGCGCUGGUUGACGGGCCGACGGGCGAGAAUGACAACAUGAUCUGUGUGGGCUAUAAGCACCAGUUCGACCUGAUCAACGAGAGCACGGGAGACGCAUACAGACUACACCACAUAGACUCCAACCGGGUGAACUUUGUGGCCGCCAUAGAUGUCUAUGAAGAUGGAGAGGCUGGUCUCCUGCUGUGUUACAACAAUAUCUGCUCCUAUAAGAAGGUGUGUCCGUUCAGUGGGGCCAUGCCCAUGAUCCAGCCCAGCGCUUCGGACUUCCAUUUCAGCUGGAACCAGAUGCCCAAUGCCAUAGUGUGUGCGUUCCCCUACAUCCUGGCCUUCACGGUGGACUCCAUCGAGAUCCGUCUGGUCGUCAACGGCAACCUGGUGUACACGGCCGUGGUACCCGAGCUGCAGCUCACCGCCUCCAGGUCGGAUAUCUACUUCGUGUCCUCGGCCCCGGUGAGUUCGGCCUCCAACUGCAGCUCUAGAGACACCAGCUCCCACAGCUCCCCCCAGACGCCCACCGGAUACGAGAUGCCCGUCUUCCCCUCACCCCUGGGAGAUGACUGUAUUCGGAUCCCUUAUGGAACCAAGCUGGCCCACUACAUGUCUAAGGACUCGGAAGGUGAAGGCCAGUCCAAACACAUCUACAAGAUCCCGCUCAGCAACCUGGUGGGGCGGAGCAUCGAGCGCCCUCUCAAGUCCCCAUUGGUCAACAAGCUGCUGACGGCGCCCGCCUGCAGCGUGAUCAACCCCGCCCCCGUCAUCCCCUCCACGCCCUCCCUCUCGCUGUCUCGCAUGGAGAUCAAGGAAAUAGCCAGCCGCACGCGCAAGGAGCUACUGGGGCUGACAGAAGAGUCCAGCAGUAAGGACAGCAGUUCAGUAAAGCAGAGGAAGAUGAGCAAGAAGACAACAACAGAGGACGAGCAGAAGAAAGGAGAGCGGGUGGUUUGCGAGCGUGCAGAGAACGCGGACGGCGAAUCAGAUGUCCAGCUCCACUGCACCGCCCUAUCAGAGCCGGAGCAGCAGGACGCCAGCCCGCCCCUGACCUCCCCCCUCACCGUGUCCACGUCGUUCGAGGACGACAUUCUUGACCUGAAAUGACAAUGACAAUCCCGCCGUAACGUGCACCUGUCUUUGGACGCCCGCCCACCCCUCCUCUGUUCAUAUCUUCUGUUUUUAUUUGUUUUGUUUUUUUAACUAUUAAUAUUUUGUGUCAAUUUG